AUGUGGAGCAUGCACGAGGGGAAGCUCGCUAAUUUGAGGGCGCUGCGUGAACUCGGCGACAGACUCCGCAUCGAGUUUUUUGCAAUGCAUGGAACGCUGCUCGGAUGGACGUUCAACCAGGAAACGCUUCCGUGGGAUGAAGAUUUGGAUUUCAGCUUCGACGGGGUCCAUCACCCCGCGCUUUUGCGCUUCGCCCACGCACACCGCGGCAAGCAAUUGCUUGAGAACAACAGCGUGUCCUUUUUCGAGAUGCCCGGACCACGGAACCAUAUCGAAUUUCGCGUCCAACACGUCCCGACCCGAGUCUACACCGACAUAACCUCCCUCCGAGCCACGGACAAUCAGACCGUGCUGCAAUGGAAGGUCAAUUCCUCUCCCACGAACAAGACGCCACCGAUGUUAGUGAUGAAGUCGUCCUUCAACAGCUUGAAGCGUGGACACCAGUAUCGCGUGGACGAUGUGUUCCCGCUUGCGCCGUGCGCCAUACACGGAGAACCGCUGCACUGUCCCCGCAGCCCGCACAAUGUGCUGCUUCAGGAGUAUCCGCAUUAUUUGAGGCCCCUCUACCAGCCGCCAAAGGGCCAAAGUGGACAGCUGAAGUGGCGGUACGAGCGCGGAUGUUGGCACGAGGUGCAGCACACGUCGACGCGCCGUGGUUGGGGCGGACGUCGAUCGUGA